UACUCCGAUUUCAUUAACAAACUAAAUUCACUCUCCGAACGAACAAGUAGUGUAAUGAAGAUAGCCAACGUUUUUAUCCAGGUUAUAAUCUCUCUCUUCAACUUCACUUGGAUUGUAUCUUCAGCGGCUAUUCCGACCCAGUGUAAAAUACCUACUGAUUUGAAAGUGCAUUACAAAAAACUAUCCAGUGCUGCCAUUGGCAAUAACUUUUUCCUACCGGCUGAAUUGGUUCCAGCAAAAGGUGAGCAAUCGCCAUUGACCGUUGGGGAUAAAACUUGCCCAACAUCUCCAGUUGCUUCUAAUAUUAUCCGUGAGCGUUCAACCUGCCCUUGGUACUUGACUUUUACUCAUGAUUCAACAGUUUAUCCGCCAUUACGUCAAGAAGUAGUGUGUCGCUGUAAAGAAUGCCUGGACUCUAAUCACAAUCACCAAUGUGUAACUGUAUACACAAAAAUGACUAUCCUCAAACGUACAGGUGAAUGUGUUGAUGGACUAUAUGUGUAUAAACCAAGUGUAAUUGAUGUAGCAACAGCUUGUGUUUGCGCACGGAAAGUAGAUGGAAGUAUAACCGCCGCAAAUUUUGAGUCGUAAAAGUGGCCACCUAUCAGAUGUCAAAUGCGUGUACAGCAAAUGUUUUUAUAUUACAAAAAUUUAAGCUGAUCACAAUGUGUUCAUUAUAAUUUUAAAAUACAAAUUUAUCUUGUCACUGCUACACAGACACACACAUAAGCAGUCAGAAACAAACACGCACACACACAAAGCUGUUUUCAUUUCAAUAACUCUAUGCAUUGUAAACAGACACAGUCUAUAUUUAUCACAAUGCAUCCCGUAUUUAUUAAUUGUUGCCUAAAACAAAAUCAGGACUCAUUGAAGCAUCCCAAAGACAUUUUUGGAUUCUCAUAUACCAAUAUUUAUUUAUUUAUUAAUCGGUGUCAUAAUGAUUCAUUCAAUAUACAUCACAAAAAAACGAACUGUUUUACUAUUUUAUCUGUAUUUGCAUAUAUAUAUAUACAUUAUUUACAUUAUUUACAAAUGACAGAUAUUUGUCCUCAUCUUGUUUGUUG